GUUUGUAAACAAAGUGGCCGGAUAAAAAUUUUCGCGGAUUGUUUUCAAAAUUCCUCCUCAAAAAUGACCGAAGUUAGCAGCACCCAGGCCGCCCGCCGUCGGUUCCUAACCAUGGCCGUCUCGGCGGAGCUCCUGGAAAAGGGUUUCGAAAGUGCUGACGAAGAAUGUGUUGAAUCUCUCACCGAGAUGCUACAAAGCUUUAUUGUAGAGCUGGGACAAUCGUCGCGGAAUUAUUGCGAGCUUGCUGGCCGGACCGAACCCGUUAUCGGGGAUAUUGUGAUCUCGCUUAUCAAUAUGGGCAUUUCCAUCAAAGGGCUAGAUACGUACGCCAAACGAGAAAAUCGGCAAAUCCUUCCGCAACCCCAGCAAGCCCAAUCCCAGAAACAGCUCGGUAUUUUGCAAGUUGGCCAGAAGAACUCUCACCCAUCCCACAUUCCCAACUAUCUUCCUUCGUUUCCGGAUCCACAUGCCUACGUGCGAACACCGACCUACAAACAACCGGUAACGGAGUAUGAGGCGAUCCGGGAAAAAUCCGCUUCCCAAAAGCGGGAUAUCGAAAAGGCACUUACCAAGUUUCUUGCCAAAACCAGCGAAGUUCACAGUCUCUUCGACAACGAGGAUAGUCCGAUGUUUCCUUUAAUCGCAUGUAAACCUUCGUUCCCGCCUUACCUACAAGCCCUGAAUCCAACCGAUCAAAUAUUCGACUUCGAGGAACUCGAAUACUACUACCAAGUGGCCAACAGGAAAGAAGAUCCGGCCGAAUCCAAGGAAGCUGAUGACGAUGACGACGACGGGGACGAUGGUGACGGGAAGAAGGAUGACACCGAUGGCAAGGACAGUGAAUCUGCUUCUCCGGUCAAAGGGGAAAGUGGUGGUAGUGCUGCGGCUGCAGCUGCCAAUGCUGCUGCAGCGGCAGAAGCCAAGAUGGGACCUCCGACAGUAACGGUUUCGACUGCCAAUGGAAACAUCACGACGGCGCAGAUCAAUUUGACGAAUAACAGCCCGACGAUAGAUAAUCCGUACUUGAGGGCGGCUACCAUUCCUCGGAAGGUUAAAAGUGAAGGAGGUCCGGGAGGGAUGUGAUUAUUUUUUAAGCUGUAAUGAGAAUUUUUAACUAUAUUUACAAUAAAGUACUGUACUGUAUUAAUUGAUGUGAAA